AAUUUUUUAUUGCAUUUGAAAAUACUUCGCGUUUUUCGUACUCAAAUAUUUCUUGUAUAAAUUUAGCUGCAGUUUUGUUGAGACCAACAGAAAGCAACUGAACUGCAAACCGAUACAGUCAAUCAACCAUUAAACUUAAUCUGCAAAAUGCGUGCAUUUUUGAUCCUGUGCUCCGUCGUCUCUACUGCGUACGCCGCCAGUCUCGGCUAUAAUUAUGAGAGCAACAAUGGUCCAGCGCUUGGCGGUGGUUUUGUUGGAGGUGCUGCACUUGCUGGUCCCAGUUAUGGCGGUCAAGCGCUGAGUGGUCCCAGUUACGGUGGUCAAGCUGUUGCCAGUCCCAGCUACAGCGCUCCCGCACCAGCUCCCGUUGAGGUUAACAAGGAAUUCUUCAGCUACUCUGCACCCGAGCAUGAGUUCAAUGAUAUCGGUGAUGCUGGUCAAAUUGCCAACUCAUUGAAGAAGAACUUGCGUGUCAUCUUCAUUAAGGGACCACAGAACUCUGGACUCGAGAAUGCCGCUUUGCAAUUGGCUAAAUCUGCCAACGAAGAACGCACUGCUAUCUAUGUGCUCAACAAACAGGCUGACAUUGGCGAUUUGGCCAACAGAUUGAACGCUCUCAACCAUCGUAGUGCCCACAAACCCGAAGUACACUUUGUCAAGUACCGCACCCCAGCCGAUGCUGAGAAUGCCAAGCACGCUAUUCAAUCGCAAUACGAUAAUUUGGGUGGCAAUACUAGCAGCUACAGCAGUGGUGUCGCUCCAGUCUUGGAUUUCGCCACCAAACCAGCCGCUCCAGUUGCUCAACAACCAGAGAGCUCUUAUCUGCCACCAAACAAAGUUUAAUAAGUUCAGCGAUAUGUUUUAGCGUCUUAUGGUAUGGAUUUAUCGAACGAUUUAUUGAAUAUUAAUUAAGUCCUGAUGUUCCUUGUUAACUAAAUGUAUAAGUUUCUCCAUUAAUGCAAAUAUACUAUAUAAGAACACCAUUUUCAAAUUA